GCAUAACCUAUCUGUAGACGUCUGUUAAUAUUGCGACGAUGAAGUAUAAAAAUACAUUGACACUCGUUCACAUAGGACUGUUUAUGUGCAGCAUGUCAGAUGGGUUCAUAUUUGGCCAGAUGUCUGGUAUGAUCGACGCACUGCUUGGUGAAGAUCACAGCAUCGAGAUGACUCCAGAUGAUGUAUCGUUAAUGGCUGCGCUGAUUAAUAGUACGUGCUUGGUCGGAUUUAUAGUAGCCGGCGUAGUAACAGAAAUAUUUGGAAGACGUCGGGCAUUAACAGUUCUCACAAUGCCACUUGCAGUAUGUUGGAUCGUAGUCUACUUUACGACAACAAAAACAGUCCUUUUAUUGACAAGAUUAAUAGUGGGCGUUACUUUCGGAGGAGUUUUAUCUAUAUCUUUCAUAUGUGUAGGCGAAUAUGCACCGCCGAAUAUGAGGCAAGUAUUUAACAAUGUUGUAAAUGGUGUGGGAUCUCAGUUCGGAUCAGCUCUCGGUCAUAUUUUGAGCAUAUUUAUAAACUGGAGAAUUGUCGCAUUGAUUGGACUGCUUCCUGCGAUUAUGUCCAGUGUUAUCCCAAUAUUUUGGGUAGAAAGUCCGUCAUGGUUAGCGUCUAAAGGGCGGUUUGACGAAUGCCGAAAAGCAUAUAGAUCUCUGCAUGCUAUGAAUAGCGAAGAUGAAAAUGAACUAGAAAACCUCAUUGCACUUGAAAAGAAGAAAAAUGCUGCUAUAAAAGAAAAAAAUCAUACUCCGACUCCAGUCGGUAGAUUAAUAUGGGCUUGCAAGCAAUUAUAUGUUUGGAAAAUAAUAUUUUUAGGUGUGAUGACGAAUUUUUAUCGAAUAGCGGCGAUGCGAAUUAUUUUCAAUACAAUGGCACUAACAAUACUGCGUGAUUUGACUGGGUAUGCAAACUUAUGGAUGACAGUUUUGCUAGUAGACGGAUUCGGACUUAUCGGAGCGAUAAUAUCGUGCGUAUUUGUGAAAUUAUUCAAAUUAAGGAGUUUAUUAUUCGUUUUGGGUAUAAUAGGUAAUAUUGUUCUUAUUAUUUUGAGUAUAGUACUGUACUUACGACCAGAGAUAGACUUCUGGAUGAGCUGGGUCAAGGCACUGUUGCUAGCAUUAUAUCUAAUUAUUGUCAACUCCGGACCUUAUCCUGCCUUAGAGACGUUGUAUACGGAAAUAUAUCCGCUCGAAAUUAAGGCAUUCGGUAUAUUUGUUACAGCAACAGUGGCAGGUAUCUUCCAAUUCCUCGCUGUGAAGUAUUCACCGGGCUUGUUCGCAAGUAUUGGAUAUCAUGCAGUUUUCUUAAUCUAUGCUUUCAUCAUUUUCGUAGUACUAGGAUAUUUAUGGAUAGCUUUGCCAGAGACUAAAGGUCAAACAUUACAACAAAUUGAAUCGUACUUCCAUAAAUCUGCCAAAAUGUCCCAUGGUUCAAGCAACGAUGAUGUAAAAGAAACAGUUAGUAUGUUAGAAAACCAACUGGAGCCAUGAAGAAUUCAAUCAUUUUCUUUUAUUGCAAGUAUAUUUUAAGGUAGUCCAUUUGCACGGCACAUAUUUUUCCAAUUGAUUAACCGACUUCAAAAAGGAGGAGAUUCUCAAUUCGAAUGGUAUUUUUUUUAUGUAUGUACACCGAUUGCGCUGAGUUUCUUUAGUUUGAUGCGGAAUAGUUGCCAUUUAAUUCCAUAAAAAUAUCAUAUAGUUCGGCCCAGUAGCCGUCAAAAAACUACCAAUAUCCAUGUAUCCCUUGACAAAAUCACCAGAGAUUUUUUACCGUGUGUGUUAUUAAUUGCUCUUGGUUCUGGGAGCCAUAAAACAAAGCGUAACGCUUUUGAAGGCAUAAUAUAUUAGUAUUUAUUUGGCUUAGCUGGCGGCGGCCAUUUUUGUUUAGCGUACAACUAUGUAUUGUACGACUUAAGAAAUACUUUACUCACCGAAGACUGAUUGCUCGGAUCAGGAGCUCUAACGAAUCUCUCCGGCGCGACAUAGCAGAGCCUCCUUCUCGACGUGUCGAAGAAGUAACUGAAGUCUGCCGGGUUGUCGUCCGGCAAGAAUGUUGGUUUGAACGAUGCGAUGUCCGUCAGUAGCACCCAUAACCAGGAUGUCACCAUUAUAUUUUCCAACUGUUCACAAACAAUAUUAUUCCCAUAGUUUCUUAUUGACAAAGACUUUGCAAGUCGGUGUAAAGAUAUUGGAGGGGCGUGCAUUUUAAGACUGAAAGAUCUGUACAGUUAACAACAAAAAGUUAUUAAGAACCGAGAGCCUACUGUACGAUUGAAGAAUAUAGAGUAUAAACAAGUAGGGAAAAUAGAUGGUCCUGGUCCACCUAAUAAUUCUUUAUAUUAAGAUUAAAAUCGAAUGUAACAUGAAUAUAAUAUUUUUUUUUGGUUUAUAUAGAAUCCAUUGUAAUUGCAUUAUAUAGAAUUAUUUGUGAGCAUUAAUUUUGCCAUUUUUAGUUAUCAUGCGUAGGUAUGCUAUAACAUGGUUCGUCAUGCUCACUAAAUGGUAUUUUUUGUGUGCCGGGUCUUCUCAUUCCCUCAAAUAUGUGCGAGGAGAAUGAUGGCUGGUCCAUGAGUCAACUCGUGAGCGGGUGCUGCUUGUGGUGCGAGAUCGACCUGUUAUAGUUAAUAAAUCAUCGUAUUUAUUGGAUACAAUUACUAAUUGUGACAGUAAUCACGACCAUCACGUUCACGAAGCAUCCUCACAUAAACAAUGAGUUCAAGCUCUAAACGUUGAUACAUCCAAUAUACGAUAAUUUAUAUUUAAGAAAUCAUUUAUAUUAUUUAACUCAUAUAUUGGAUACAGCACCUUACAAACAAAUUUGUAAUAUCAUAUUACAGCUAUUGUAAAAUACUCUAUUUGAAUGAGUUUCUUAUAUGUUCUUCUCACGAGCUCAAAUUUUACGAACAUAUGGUAAAUUCAGUAAUUUAUAAGAAAUAUUUAUUGUGACGAUUCAGAUGCGCUUAGUUUAAGUUUAAUUGAAUAAAGAUUAUUUGACUUUGA